AUGCAAGUGGCACAACAAUAUGGUAAAAGAAACAUCGCCCCUACUUUUUCGAUUCUUCUUUGUUGAAGAACAAGAAUGUGUGGAUGGCUUUUGCAGCCAAAGAGCAUAUACGUUACUCAUCCACAAAAAUGUCCACCCCAUUUCCGAAUCUACACUUUAUAGAUUACCCUCAAACAUUCCCUAAUUUCAGCAGAUCCCUACAAUUCCACUCUCUUUCUCUUCUCUCACCACCAAAAUCCCCCAAAUUUUCCAACUUUGGUACAGAAAACCAUGUCUUUAACCAUUAGAUUGCACAUUUCAACUCACCCAAAUUUCUUAGGUCAACCAAAAUUUCAUCAAAACCCCACUAAAAUUCUCCCCAAAUAUAUAUACCAAACAAACCCAUUAAGACCCCUUGUUCAAAAUCACACCAAAAUGUCAUCAAUUUCCACCCAAAAAACCCAAUCAAAAAGGGUAAUCAAGAGUUCUUUGAUUGACCCAGAUGGGGGUUCUUUGAUUGAUCUUAUUGUGCCUGAAAAUGAGAGAGAUUUGAGGGUUUCUGAGGCUGAAUUAUUGCCUAAAAUUAGGUUAACAAAGAUUGAUUUGGAAUGGGUUCAUGUAUUAAGUGAAGGUUGGGCUAGUCCUCUUAAAGGGUUUAUGAGAGAGAAUGAGUAUUUGCAGAGUUUACAUUUCAAUUCUUUGAGAAUGCAAGAUGGGUCUGUUACUAAUAUGAGUUUGCCCAUUGUUUUGGCCAUUGAUGAUAAAGCUAAAGAUGACAUUGGUUCUUCCCCUGAUGUUGCUUUAGUUGGCCCUGGUGGCGAUUUAGUUGCCAUUUUGCGAAGCAUUGAGGUAUAUAAACAUAAUAAAGAGGAAAGAAUAGCUAGAACUUGGGGGACAACUGCUCCUGGAUUGCCGUAUGCUGAGGAGGUUAUUACACCUGCUGGAAAUUGGCUCAUAGGUGGAGAUUUGGAAGUACUGAAAGAAAUCAAAUACAAUGAUGGUCUUGAUCACUACAGAAUUUCUCCUAAAGAUCUUCGAAAGGAAUUUGAUAGGCGUGAAGCUGAUGCAGUUUUUGCUUUCCAGCUUAGAAAUCCAGUUCAUAAUGGUCAUGCUUUGUUGAUGAAUGAUACACGUAAGAGGUUGUUGGACAUGGGGUACAAGAACCCAAUUCUCUUGCUACAUCCUUUGGGAGGUUUCACUAAGGCUGAUGAUGUGCCCUUGGAUGUUCGCAUGGAGCAACAUAGCAAGGUUCUAGAGGAUGGAAUUCUUGAUCCUGAGACUACCGUUGUGGCCAUAUUCCCAUCUCCCAUGCAUUAUGCUGGCCCAACUGAAGUACAGUGGCAUGCCAAAUCACGGAUUAAUGCUGGUGCUAAUUUUUACAUCGUGGGUCGUGAUCCUGCCGGUAUGGGUCACCCGACAGAGAAAAGAGAUCUGUAUGAUCCUGAUCAUGGAAAAAAAGUGUUGAGCAUGGCACCUGGGCUUGAGAAGUUGAAUAUCCUACCAUUCAGGGUGGCAGCAUAUGAUACUGUAGCAAAGAAAAUGUCUUUCUUUGAUCCUUCUCGUGCUAAAGAUUUCCUCUUCAUUUCUGGAACCAAGAUGCGGACUUUUGCAAGAACGGGAGAGAACCCUCCUGAUGGCUUUAUGUGUCCCGGAGGAUGGCAGGUAUUGGUCAAUUACUACGCAAGUCUACAAGAGGAAGAGACUAAGCAGCCAGCUACAGUAUCCGCGUAGAUCCCAGAGAAGAAGGCUAGAUGCACAAGUUUCUACCUUAACGUAGGUUAUUUAACCAUCUUAUGAGGCUCAGAAAACUAAAGGCUAUAAAAGUUGAUUAAGCUAGCAUAGAGUCAGAGAUUCUUUAUCAACAAUGUCACGUAUUCAACCUCGUGUUUUUGCCCCGGACAUUGUUCUCUUGUUUUACUUAAUUGGUGCCCUUCCUCCUUUUCUUUUUCAUGUUCUUUAAUUUUUUUUUUUUUUUUGGGGGGGGGGUCUUUUGAUUUUCUUCACUUGCUCAACACUUGAUGAUUGAUUAUUGAUUUCAAUUUUCAUUAUUCAGAUCAUUUGUGGUAGUUCAUUUUUGAUGAGUUUUGUGUAUUUGAGUGAACAAGUAGAAAUAAUGUACUAAAAAAGCUUGUUACUUGUA